AUGGAAUUGGAUUCCUUGUUGGGUAGUCUCAGCAACUUCGGAGAACAAACAGCGAAGUCUUUGAACACGGAAAAGUCAUUUACAGACAUCACUAGUACAGAAACUGCUCGUAAGCAGUCGAUAGAACUGAAAAAGGAAGAGGAAAAAGAACAGCCGGUUGAUAAAAAAGACAAGAAGGAAAAGAAGAGUAAAGUUUCAAAGGCGAAACCAAAAAAGAAAGAAACACCCAAAACAAAAGAGGAACAUACAGUUGAAGUUUUUAAGAAGAAGUCUGACAGCAAAAAGCCCAAACCAAAAGAAGAUUUGAAUGAACCUGAAGAAAAAAGGGCAAAACCCAAAUUAAAGGACAAAACUCAAUUGACGAAAGAAAAAAAGCUCACAAAGUCCGAGAAAUCAGAGACUUCAAAAAAGGACGAAAAAACAAAGGAAAAACCUAAGAAGACUGAGAAGAAGAAAGAGGAGAAAGAAAAAGUUGACGAUAAAAAGCCUAAGACCAAAACCGAGAAAAUCAAAACUAAAGAGAAAAAACAAUCAAAGAAAGAAACCAAAGAAAAGACUAGUGACAGUGAAAAGAGUGAGCAAGACGAAGAACAACCGCUGAAAGGAAAAAAGAGUAAACAAAAAGAAAAAAAGAAAAACAAAACACAAGAAGCCGAGAAGAGUAAAAAACGCGUGAAAAAAGAGGAUGACAAAAAGCAAGAAAAGAGUAAAGAGGAGGCAAUCACUGAAAUCCCACAUGUUGCUGUUGAUCCAAAUGAAAGUGAAAAACAAGACGAACAUAUGGAAGAAGAGGAGACAAAGCAAAUUGAAGAAGAUGAGGAACAACAGAAAGAACCACUCAAACACAAAAAGUCGUCGGUUAUAAAAGUGAAGGUACUCGUCUCUGGGUUCAAUGAUGACGAUGACAAACCCGUUAACACUGAUUUUGUGUUGAUCAAACAAGACAUCCUGGAGGUGGACUGUUGUGUUGUGAAAAAUGCGAAGCGGACCGAAAAGGUGUUAGAAUCGCUUGUUCGAGGAAUUCCAAUCGUGAGCGAAAAAUACUUGGAGGCCUGUGAACAGAACGGGAAAGUCGAGCAAUUUACCGGAUUUUUAUUGGACAAAUCUUUUGUAGGAAUGACAGCCCCAGCAACCAUCAGAAACGAGUUGUUAACCGGUAUGAAAAUAUACGUAGGCGGCAAGACAAAGAUACAGAACCAUACAAUCGAGAGGUGGGUUGGAAUGUUGGGAGGGUAUUCUGUGGUUCGGCCUAAAGACGCUGAUCUGAUUGUGGUUGGAGGUUCGUCGCAAAUGAAUUUUAAAAAGCAAGAAGGAACUCCAGUUGUGUCAGAGAACUGGGUUUAUGACACCGUGGAACAAAUGAGAAAACAAGAAUAUGAGCAUUAUCAAGUCGUUGUCCCAAAAGGUAAAAACAAGAAGAAAGAAAAUACAGAGAGUGAAAAAAAGGAAGACAAAGGCGAAGAGAAAUCAAAGGAAUGA